AUGCUGCGGUCCUUUAAGAAAAAGGCCGAAGCUGCGUUCCGCAAGGGUAGGUCUCAGAAAUUCCCUUCAGACGAGACUUUGCAACCGACUACGAUUGAAUCAAUACCUCCACCAUCAACGGAAUCGUCUGCAGUGUCCGUACGAAGCUCUCUGCGCGAUUUGGUACCACCCGAUAUCGAAGAACUUCUUCAAGCCCAACCAUCGGAGUCGGAGACAGAAGUAGAGCUGCAGCCGGAGCCAAGUCCAGAACCAGAGACUGCACCCGCCGCCCAAGAACCGGAUCCUUAUGCUUCCAAAUAUGUACCAUUUGCGGAAGCUUCCAUGCUGAGAGGAAAUAUUCUGAGUCAACCGGCUUCGUACUAUGGGCGCGUAAACGCUUCCAUUAUGCAAGGGUUUGGAGGAGACGACGAGUCGAUUUGGCUGGUUGAUGAUGAGGAAACGGACGAGGAAGAUAAAAAUGCGGAUGAGGAACAACCUGAGCAGGAUGAGACUAAUGUUGUAUCGAAUAAAGAAGUCACUUCAGAUUUGGAACAAAAAGAUAUUCAGAAUUCCGGCUCUGGAGUUGAUGCCAGGGCAACAGAAGACACACAUGUUGAGAAGACUGAGGUUCCGGAACCAGAAGCUGAACCAGGCGUCGUGUCAUUGUCAACAAAAGCUGAGGAUAUCAUGCCACCUACCUUGAAACCGGGAUACGCGCCAAUUUCAGCAUCAAUACUAGCCGGAUUCGACUUGGAAGAGACACCACAGACACAACCCAGUUCCGAAACUGAACCGCAACCAAGCUCAGAACAGGAACCGACAACAGAGCAACAGGACAAUCUAAACCCGUACGUUGCCCUGUUAGAAAAGCAAAACCACUCCAUGACAAUAACCUACCUACGGCACCUAAACCAAACCGAGGGCCAAGACGCAGCGGAUGAAUUCAGCUUCGGCCAACGAUACCAAGUCAACGGCUCCAACAUCGUCGUCUCUCGCCAACGACUCCCCCGGGAGCAUCUAUCCGGGCAUCAAGAAUGCAAAAUAUGCACCGUCACCAAAGCCGUUGAUCAGUUCCCCCGCUUCACAGUCACUGCCUCGUGCACACACCCCCCCCCAGACAUGUCUAGAAUGCGUCAGCUCCUCCAUCAAAUCCGACUUGGAGAGCAAGAUGUGGACAGAGGUCCGGUGCGCAGAGUGCAGAGCAUACCUCGAUUAUGCGGACAUCCAACGAUACGCAGACGUCAUCACUUUUCUAAGGUAUAUACCUCCCCAGAGUCCUUAGACGCAGCUAAUGGAAGUAGAUAUGAGCAACUCGCCAUGAGGGCAGCCAUGUCCCAAUCCCCCAACUUCAUCUGGUGCACUUCCCCCUGCGGCUCGGGCCAAAUCCACGAUCCUUCCUCCCCCCUCGUUACGUGUCUGCACUGCGGGCACAAAAGCUGUUUUACGCACCAGAUCUCAUGGCAUGAGAAUCUGACGUGCGCCCAGUACGACAGUCUUCUUGCUGAUCCUGAGAGUUUUGAGAUUUCGAACGAUGAUGCGACACGGGCGUUGGUAAGGGAUACGCUUGCGCAUGAUAAGACGGAGAGUGAGAAGCGGGAAGCUAGGCAGAGUGAAGAGGUGGAGAGGGUGCGCAAGGCGGCGGAUAUGGCGAGGAAGAUUAUCGCGAGGAGGAGGAAAGAGGAUGAGCGGAGUUUGGAGGUGGUGAGGAAGGUUGCAAAGCCUUGUCCUGGGUGUGGAUGGGCGAUUCAGAAGUUCGAUGGAUGGUGA